AUGCCGCCUCCGUUCUCGAUUAACCCGAAGUAUUGUACUACUGACUUCCAAAAGUUAUUUUUGGAAGCAUUUAGUUCACCAGAAAAAACUAUUGACGACGAUGGCGAAUUAAAAAUAAUUCACUCGCCGUUUACGUGCGCUGUGCUACCGAAUUUUCUAGAAACUACCGUGCUUGAUGACCUGGAAGUCGAGGCUCGAAAAUUUCCCUUCAACAGGAGGCAAAACGAUCUUUUUUCUUUUAAUCAAAGUGAUGACUUAAAAACUCUUAACAAGAAUGGGGAACUAGCCAAAAGGUUCAAUCUUUUGUCUAACCUUAGGCAGUUUUUCGCAACCGAUAUGUUAAAGUGGAUGAAGGACAUCACUGGAAUAGACCUGGAUGAAGGGGAGGUGAAUUCCACUGUUUCUCUUUAUGAGCCACAUGACUAUCUCCUAUGCCACGAUGACGAAUUGGAGCGCCGACGAAUCGCCUUCAUUAUUUAUUUGGUUCCUGAGGAGUGGGAUUCCAGUGUUGACGGUGGCUCUCUCGAUCUUUUUGAAAGUGGUCCCACACCUGACUGCACAGCAGUGCCUGGGGAAUGCGAGGCUUAUCACCCUUGGCGAGUGGUUCGUUCCAUCCCUCCCGCCCGUAACUGCCUCGCCUUCUUCGAGGUUUGUGCGAGGUCUUUUCACCAGGUUGCGGAGGUGAUUGGAAGGAGAGAUCGGUUGUCGAUCCAUGGGUGGUACAUGAGUGAUCCUCUUCCCAGGGUUCAUUGCUCCCGUGAUCCUCUCCGCGUGCCGCGUAUUCCUCCGUGCUUUAUCGAAGAAGGACUAGUCUACAAGUGGAUUAAUCCCGUUUACAUCGAUAUGGAGCAGCAGAAAGCUAUUCUUCGCCGUUUUAGAUCUACAUCAGAGAUUCGUUUGCCCCAAUUCUUUGUCGAGCGUGAGUGGGAGAAGCUGUGCAAGGCGUUGGAUUGCAUUGAAAACCAACUCUGGACGCAGGAGGGUCCAAUGAAUCUGAGAAAUACCAGUGUACUGUCGCACAAGGUUGAAGACGCGACGCUACCCGAAGAGUGUCGCCAGGUGCGCCGUCUCUGGCAGUCCGAGGCGAUGCUGGUUAUUCUCUCACAAAUGACUGGCGUUUUGCUUCACCCGCUAGCUAGUUUGACUCGGAGUGAGGAUAAAGACCAGGACGAGUUAGACGGUGCCGAGGCGUCUGCCAGCAUCAAGACGAAGCGCGCUCGCCUAGACGACACCGAUGGGCUAGGGGAACCCGCGGAGCUAACAUCCGCCUUGUUCCAUCGCUGGUCCAGUGGCAUGUACACCCUGUUGGCCGAUGCCAAUUCCGGAGUCGUUCCCGUUCCUUCCACUGUUGGCGACGAUGUCGCCUGGCGUCUAGACCUCUUCUAUCACAUCUCCGGCUAUGGAAGCCACUCAGGCUGUGGCCCUACGAGUUCUAGCGGUGGCGGUGGCGACAAAGCCUGUUGGCAACCGUCGUGGAACGGUCAGAUAGUUUACGUAUCCCUCACAGAUAAUGAAGAGCUUCUGCGGAUCACUCCGAACGACAACUCACUGACUCUCGUCUACUGUGAUUCGGACUGCGCGAGUUUUGUUCGCUACUUGAACGCCAAGGCGAAGCCCCUUCCUGCGCCCGGCGGAGGUAGUGGUCGCGACGCCAACCAUCAACAGUUGUAUGCCUACGAUGUGUCUCUGACUUACUUUGAUCCCUCACCAAACGACGGACAACCCGACGAAGAGCUGUCGGUGGUAAGUUGUGAGGAGACUGAGGAAGAAGAGGAAGAGGGCACUGGUGCUAGCGAAGGAAGUGAAAGUAACGAACCCAAUGGGGAAAACAGAGCUAAUUAG